UUUUAGGGGAGGGCCAUGCCGGACGACCUGACAUCUUUCUGACAAGAUGACAGUAAUCUGCAAGGCCUCUGCAUCGUUAAGAUAAGGGCUUUUCCGAGGGAGCUUUAUGGACGUAUAAAGUGUGAGGGAGAGAGGUUCUGUACAAAGGAGCAGACUCAGGGAAGCUGACGUAGUUGACUGGCUGGUCACUGUUGAGUUGGCCUGAGGUGUGAAGAAGUAUUUUGACAGAAUGGCAGCUCGUUUGAGGCGCUACUCUGACAACAUGACCCUGCCAGACUCCUUCAUCCAGCGGCAGCGGCUGGACGCCAGCAUGGCCGACACCUUCCUGGAGCACCUCUGUCUGCUGGACAUCAACCAGGAGCCAAUCACGGCCCGGAACACCAGCAUCAUCUGCACCAUCGGGCCGGCCUCCCGCUCCAUCCCCAAGCUGCAGGAGAUGGUGAAAGCGGGGAUGAACAUCGCCCGGCUCAACUUCUCCCACGGCUCCCAUGAGUACCAUGGCGACACUAUCAAGAAUAUACGCGAGGCAGUGGAGACGAUAACCUCCGACCCCUUGUACUAUAGGCCAGUAGCCAUCGCCUUGGAUACCAAGGGCCCAGAGAUCCGCACGGGAUUGGUCAAAGGGAGCGUGGAGGGGGAGGUGGAGCUGAAGAAGGGGGAUCAGGUGCGCGUGGUGACGGCGGAGGCUGACAAGGACCACACUGAUGGGAGCAUGGUCUGGGUGGACUACCCCAGCCUGCCCAAGGUCAUCCAGAAGGGAGGCCAGAUCUACAUCGACGACGGCCUCAUCGCACUCAAAGUCCUGGAAACUGGCCCUGAUUGGGUGGACACGGUGGUGGAGGCGGGCGGCCUGCUGUGCAGCCGUAAGGGGGUGAACCUGCCCGGCUGCGACCUGCUGGACAUGCCGGCGGUGAGCGAGCGCGACGAGGCCGACCUGCGCUUCGGCGUGGCCCAAGGCGUGGACAUGGUGUUCGCCAGCUUCAUCCGCUCGGCGCAGGACGUCAAGGAGGUGCGGCGUGCGCUGGGGGAGCGCGGCCACGCCAUCAAGGUCAUCAGCAAGGUGGAGAGCCGCCAGGGGGUGCAAAAUUUCGACGAGAUCCUGGCGGCGAGUGAUGGGGUGAUGGUUGCCAGGGGCGACCUGGGCAUUGAGAUUCCGGCAGAGAAAGUUUUCAUUGCCCAGAAGAUGAUGACCGGACGCUGCAACGCCGCCGGCAAGCCCGUCAUCUGUGCUACGCAGAUGCUGGAGAGCAUGGUGUCCCACCCGCGGCCCACCCGAGCAGAGGGCGGGGACGUGGCCAACGCCGUGCUGGACGGGGCCGACUGCGUGAUGUUGUCAGGGGAGACGGCCAAGGGACUGUUUCCUGUAGAGGCUGUCGCCAUGAUGCACUCGAUCUGCAGGGAGGCGGAGGCGGCCAUCUUCCACCAGCAGCUGUUUGAGGAGCUGCGUCGGCUCACCCCUCUGUCCUACGACCCCACCGAGGUCACUGCCAUCGGGGCCGUGGAGUCCUCCUUCAAGUGCUACGCCGGCGCCAUCAUCGUCCUCAGCACCACUGGGAGGUCGGCCCACCUCCUGUCGCGGUACCGCCCUCGCUGUCCCAUCGUGGCCGUCACACGGAGCCCUCAGGUGGCCCGCCAGUCCCAGCUGCUUAGGGGGGUGUUCCCCGCCCUCUUCCACCCCCUCCCCGCCCCCGUCUGGGCCGACGACGUGGACAACAGAGUCGACUUCGGCUUCGAAAUCGGUAAGGCGAGGGGGUUCUUCAAGCCUGGAGACAUGGUUAUUAUUGUGACCGGCUGGAUUCCAGGCUCGGGUCACACUAACAUCAUGAGGGCGGUCAAUGUCCCCUAAACGGCCCCUGCUCAUUGGACACUGUCCUGGACUGACUGGCUCACCCACCAAUGAAAAAGACACCCGAUCAGCCAUCAUUCAUCAGUCAGAUUAAUCAAUAUCCAGAGUUUAUUUAAUUUGUUUUGUUUAAAUUAAUGGAAAUGAUGAAGAUUUGCAUCACGCCAGUAUGUCGUAAACCAAUUUUAUUUGUGAUGCAACGACUCCUUCGUAAUAAAACUACAUAAAUCGC